CCACAGUCGAGAGACGAUUCAAGAAGCACGUAUACUGUUGUAGUGGUGGCUGCGUUGGUGGCUGCCUCCUGCACAUCUAGGCGCCGAAAGCCGAGACGCAUCGUCGUCGGACGCAAGCUGGUACGUACGUUGAAGUUGGGCAACCGCCGUCUCUUCGCGCUUGCAUUUCGUGCGGCGCGGCUAUGCAGGAGCUAG